GAGCACUUGACCGUUAAACCGGACCGAGAAAGAAAUAAGGCUUUGGCGAGCUCCACUGCUAAGCUCUAAACCCUUUACCUUAUUUCUGUCUCAAUUUCUUCUCUUCUUUGUGGUUCCUUUGAUUAUUUAAAUAUGAAUUUCGAACUGAUUAAACGCUCACGUCCCAUUUUACAUACUAUUAUUUGUGUUCCAUUUUACGUCAAAUGUUUCUCUUCUCUCCCUUCAAUCUCUUCACUUUCUGAUGUAGAAACCCAAUUGAGAUUACUUUGUCAAGAACCCAAUUUUCAAUCCACUAGAGCAGUUUCUUUGUUUCACCAAGCUAUCGAUUCAUAUCUCUAUCCUUCAGAGUCAAUCUGCAAUUCUCUUCUGCAUAGUUUGGUAAGGUCUAAGAAUUACCAAUUGACGCUUUCUGUUUAUAGUAAGAUGACCCAUGUUGGUAUUAUAUCUAAUUUUUCUUCUUUAAGUCUUUUAGUCGAUUGUUUUGUGCAUACCCAUAUGCUCAAAUUUGCUUUUGGGGUGUUGGGUUUGAUUUUAAAGCGUGGUUUUGUGGUCAAUGUGUGUGUUAUGAAUUCGAUGUUAAAGGGUCUGUGUAGUAAUGGUGAGGUUUAUGAGGCUAUGAGUUUGCUUAAUGAAUUGAAAAUGACUCAUGUUAUGCCAAAUGUUGUUACUUUUAGUAUAAUUAUAAAAGGACUUUGCAAGGCGAAACAAUUUGAAGAUGCUAUGAAGUUGUUAAUUGAGAUGAAGGAGAUGAAUUGUAAACCGAAUGCUUUUACGUACUCUAUUUUGAUGGAUGGUCUUUGUAAGGCUGGUAGGGUAGACGUGGCAAUUGGGUUGUGGGAGAAGAUGAAAAGAAAGGGAUCGGAGGUGGAUGUUGUUGUUUAUGGUACACUUGUUAAUGCUUAUUGUAAAUUGGGGCAAUGGAAAGAAGCCACUGCAAUGUUUAAUGCUAUGAUAGAAAGUGGGAUUCGCCCUAAUGCUUAUAUCUAUACGUGCUUGAUUUCUGGACUCUGCAAAGAUGGAAAGACUACUAAGGCUAUAGACCUGUUUAAACUGAUAGUAGAAAAGGGUGAAGAGCCUAAUACUGUGACAUAUAAUGUUUUAAUGCAUGGACUAUUCAAGGAAGGCCUGGUUAAUGAAGCUUUAAAAAUUAUGCAAAUGAUGUUGGACAAGGGAAUGAAACCUGAUGUGGUUUCUUACAAUACCUUACUGAUGGGACUUUGCAAUAACAGUAGAGUUGAUGAGGCGAUGAAACUCUUUCAUACUGUGUUGAGGGAUGGAAAUUAUAUUGAGCCAGAUGUCAGGACUUUUAUUUCUCUAAUUCAUGGGCUUUGCAAGGAAGCUCGGGUUGAUGAGGCAACUGAGAUUUAUGAUAUGAUGAUUGAUAGGGGGUACUCUGUUAAUUUGGUAACUUGCAAUGUUUUGAUUGGAGAAUAUCUAAAGGCAGGAUUGAUUAAUGAGUCUAUGAGAAUAUGGAAACGUGUAAAUGAAUUAGGAUUUGUUCCAGAUUCAAUCACCUAUGGUGCCAUGAUUCGUGGAUUUUGUAGAAUGGGCAUGCUUAAUGUUGCAAAAGGACUUUUUACUAGAAUGAGGGCCCUUGGGCUGAGCCUUGCUUUGUAUGACUAUAAUAUGUUCUUGGCUUCCUUGUGCAAGGAGAGCAGCUUGGAGCAAGCGAGGAAGUUGUUUCAAGAAUUGAGGAACUCAAAUUGUGAAUUGGAUGUCAUCUCUUUCAAUACAAUGAUUGAUGGGACUCUGAAAGCAGGGGAUAUUCAAUCAGCCAAAGAAUUGCUAAAGGACAUGCUUCAAAUGGGUUUGAAUCCUGAUGCUUUUACCUACUCCAUUUUAAUAAAUAGGUUCUCAAUACUUGGACUAAUGGAUGAGGCUAAAGAAGCUUUUAAUAGAAUGAUUGGCUCUGGCUUUAUACCAAGCAUCCAUGUGUAUGAUUCAUUACUUAAAGGUUUUAGCUUAAUGGAUAAAGCAGAAGAGACUAUAAACCUUCUUCAACUGAUGGCGGAUAAGGGAGUUGUUCUUGACUCAGAAAUAAAAAAUACAAUCAUGAUUUCUCUCUGUCAUAGCUCGUUGGGUAAAGAUAUCGUGGGCCUGUUGCCUAAUUUUGCAUCAGAAGUGUCAGAAAAGUCGAGCAUCUCAUGCAAUAAGUUGUUGAUGAAAAUACGAGAGUCUAGCCCAGAACUUGAAGUACAUGCUGCUUGAAGUACAUCAGAAGUCUAACCUUCUUCAACUACUGAAGCUGGGUGCCUCUGUCACUCACUUGAAGGUAAAAUAAUUUGGUGCCCAUGUGCAGGUGGACAUUACCUUAGCAUACAUUGUGCAUGCUAAUUUAGGCCCAAGACAUACAAUACUCAGAUUAGAAGACAAUUACAUAGCAAUACCGUGUGUCCGUGAACACAAAGUUUCUUUUUUGUAUUAUUUGAGGGAGAAUCGGGAGAGCAAUAUUUUUUGUUUGUUGUUAGUCCUUUUUAUGGUGAUUAAGAUAAUUUACUCCUUUUUCCCCGUCUCCUUCUCUUCUCAAGUAGGGAACAGGUGUUAGGGUAGUAAAGUUGACUUUUUAAUUACAGUUGUUGAGUUUUGAAGGAAUAGGUGAUACAUUGACAUUUAUCUGCAGCUUUAGUGGUCCUUGUAUGAGAUUUUUCCUCUUAAUAGUUACUACUUGAAGAGGGGUUAAGUAGUCAUGAAGGCUUCUUUAUAAGUUUCUA